CUGCUGGGAAACUACGAACUCGACAAACCGCCAUCUUUCUUUAUAGAGAGUUAGUAGGGCAAAUAAUAACCACUUUUGAAUGAUUAUUUCCCCAAAAUAGACUCGUUGAAGCAAAUCCACUUGGUCAGAUAUUGCAAAUAAUAAGUUUAAAGAGGAGCGGGUGGACCGGAAUUCCAGAUAUUGGGCAUAUAUCAGACAUAAGACACAGUAGUCUGUUGUAAGCGCUCGACUAGUGGAGCCGGUCAACAUGGGCCGAUCUCGGAGUCGCAGCUCUUCCCGGUCCAAACACUCCAAAAGCAGCAAGCACAGCAAGAAACGGAGCCGGUCGCGGUCUAAAGACAGGGAGAGGUCCAAGAAGCGGUCCAAGUCCCGAGAAUCGAAAAGGAACCGUCGCAGAGAAUCUCGUUCUCGUUCCCGGUCUACUACAGCUUCGUCCCGCAGAGAGAGAGCAGCCUCGCCGCCGGAGCGCAUCGACAUCUUCGGCAGGACGCUGAGCAAAAGAAAUGCUCUAGACGAGAAGGCGAGGAAAGAGGAAGAAGAAAGAAGGGCAGAAAUGGAAAGACAAAGGAAGAUACCGUCCAUCCCUGUAUGUCCGCUCUCGUUCCCCCUCUCAUCCGUUUCUCCCCCCCCGUCCUCCAGCCGGCAGCAGGAGAUCGAGGAGAAGCUGAUCGAGGAGGAGACGGCGCGGCGGGUGGAGGAGCUGGUGGCCAAGCGGGUGGAGGAGGAGCUGGAGAAGCGCAAGGACGAGAUUGAGCGGGAGGUGCUGCGGCGCGUGGAGGAGGCCAAGCGCAUCAUGGAGCGGCAGCUGCUGGAGGAGCUGGAGAGACAACGGCAGGCAGAGUUGGCGGCACAGAAGGCCAGAGAGGAGGAAGAAAAAUCGAAGCGGGAGGAGCUGGAAAAAAUCCUGGAGGAGAAUAACCGCAAGAUCGCCGACGCUCAGGCCAAGCUGGCUGAGGAGCAGUUGCGUAUUGUAGAGGAGCAGAGAAAGAUUCACGAGGAGCGCAUGAAGCUGGAGCAGGACCGUCAAAAGCAGCAAAAGGAGGAGCAGAAAAUCAUCCUCGGCAAGGGCAAGUCCCGGCCCAAGCUCUCAUUCUCCCUGAAGGCCACCGAAUGAGACUGCUCCCCCCCCCACCCCCACCCCCAACCCCAACCCCUUCGCUCACAUGUCCCGCCCAGCCUUCAUCCCCAUCCAGCUCUCCCUCCUCAUCAUUCGACCCCGCUCCUCCUCCUCCUCCUCCUCCGUGGAACGCUCGCUUCGUUUUGGAAGUGCUGAAGGAAGGCCGAGGAUAAGGGGCGCGCCCCGCUGUGUGUUGGUCCCUGUGAAAGGCCCACGUUGUCCCUCCCGGCCUGGAAGGGAGAGGCAGCUCUCCGCCCUCGCCCUUCCUCACCUCCACCGCACAGAUGACUCUUGUUUGUGCUUUAUUUUUUUCGUAUUUUUUUUUUUUUUUAGGGAACUUGGAACUUUUUUGAUGUAGAAUGCUAUAACAUGUCCCCUUUGCCCCCCCCCUGUAAGUCUUAACUCUGGUGUAACAGCGAGCGCCUGUGCGCCUGUGCUCUUCUUACAUGUCUUCACAGCCAGCAAACGACAAACGGUAGAAUGCCAGUCCCCGAAAUAGAAGAGUAUGUGUGACUUUUGUCUAGUUUCAGUCUACUGUAAAAGCUCAUGUGCAGCUUGGGAGUUGGCCUGUGGUUUUCCUGUUUUCAUAAAAAAAAAAAAAAAUAAAAAAAAAAUGGAUCCUAAAGUGGCCGACACAGUGGUAACAAAUCACAGCACAGCCUUUUAAAAGCACAGUUAACUUCCCGUCCAGCUGACAGGUUUCUGUCUCCCACCUACCUUUACUUCCUCUGCCCAUAAGCUCCGGUCACCAUAUAAAUCUACAAACUACUCUUCUUUCUGCUUCAGCUCCGUCUGCCAUGUAUAUCAUUUAUUUUUUCUCUAAAUGACAGCAGCAUGUCGACCUGAGGAGGGAAUGUGAAGCUGGUGUUAGAUUUAAAGUUUGCUGCGGUGCAGGUGAACUCGGCCUCGACUUCCAAGCUGCCCAUGACUGAACCACAAGCCCUACAGCAGGAUGUGUGUCUCGUCUACGAUAAGGGGGCCUGUGGGUAAUGGAGGAGAGAGAGAGGACAUUUCCUGUAUGAUGUAAUUUUAUUAGCCUUGCUGUGAUGUGCUGAGUCCCAACUCCUCCUCCUCCUCCCCUCCCCCCCCUCCAGUUAAAAUUGUGUUUUUGAAAUUGAUCCACGAUUAGGGAACAAAAAGUCACAUUAAUGGUAAAUACUUGAGUUUUGUUUUAUCAGACUCUUUGGAAAAAGCAGUGAAUUGUACGAAACCCACGGACCAUACAGUCCGUGUUGUGUCCCUGAGUUGUGUUGUAGUAAACUAACUUGGCAAGGCGCCUCACUUGGUAAGUCUUGAUUCGUAUAGGAUGGACAAGUUCAGGUAAGAUAAGGUGUGAGGUCAGCAGCAGUGCGAGUGUGUGUGAGAGUGAAUGUGCGUGAGUGCGUGUGUGGGUGGGUGUGAGAGAGACAGGCGGGCUGACCUCAGGUGGGUAUAAUGACUUUUUGUUAUGUUGUGGGAUUUUGAAUUUGUCAUGUAAUUUCCCCCAAUUGUCAAGGGACUGAACAGUUCAAUAAAUCCUUUGAAUGCC